AGUGUGCUUUACUUCGUCCAAUGUAAUGGUACAGAUUGUGUUUUUGUGCGCGCCGCGUGAACUUAAAAUUGCUCUCCAAGUGGUGGCGGUUUUGUGAAAGAGGAAAGUAAAAAAAGGGAAAUACACAAGUAAAAUCAAACGGGAAUCAAAGGAAAUUAACUCUGAAGCUGUUCAAUUUUGAACUGUUCGUUUGAAGUUCGAGCUAUUCGAUUUGCCAUUUCGAAUUUCUCAACUUUUCAAUCAUCACAUUGGUUUUCAUUGGGAUUCGUCGAGUUACUGCCUCCCCCAUUCAAUCGAUGAGCGAAUUUUCGUGAGAAAGAAAAUCAAAUGUGUCUCAUAAAAUACAUUAUUCCUUGUAUUAAAUUAAAUAAAGUGAUGAUAAAGAAGUUAGAAGUAGCAACAGUAACAGCAAGAGUAGCAGUAAUGGUAUAUAAUAGCAGCUGCAACCAUCUGCUGAAGUAUCUAACGUUCAACACAGAAAAUGUUGUUUAAUUCAUAUUUUCAUUUAUCAAAAGUGACAUGGUAUUGUGUGCACUGCGAAUCGAAUGUUGACUGGAAAAAGAAAUAUAAAAAGCAUUUAUUAUUUGUAGACUAAUGAGAGAGGGAAAGAAAGCGUGCGCGACUCAAAAUAAAAAUUCAUAUUUCUAGUCGAAAAAAUCUUUUUGCUCGAAUUUCUGUGAAACAAAAAACGCAUAUCGUCUUUUUUUCGGUGAAAGAAAAAGUUUUUUUUAUCGGUUAGAGUGACGUGAUUUUUUUUGCUCCCAAAAGUGAGUAUGCUCACGAUACGAUGACUGAACAAAGCAAAUCAAAAUUCGUGGCAGGCAUAAAAUGGUGAUGAAAUUGAUGAGAAAUUCAUGGAAUUGAGAACGGGAAAAAAAUGUGAAUAAAUUGGUGCACACGAACAUUAAAUGGAAGAAGACAUCAAACACACACUUACUACAAAUACAAUAUAUAGGGCCGACAAAAAAAAGCAUAAACACCAACACGGAUUGUGCAUGUGAAACUCGAAUCAUUAUCAUCAUAUAUUGAAUUGAACAAAUAAAAUACGUGUUCAAUUGAGUUAGUCAAUACACAAAUCAACAGAUUCUUCACCCUGUCUACAAGCAGCCACCAAAGUUAUUUGCGAAUGGUAGCAUAAAAUUAAACGGACCACUUUGUUGUUCCAUCCAGCAGAUGAUGAUACGUUGCAAACAACCAAGUGUUUUGCACUCACAUUUGUAAAUACAAUUAAUGAAAAUAGAAAAGUAAGCGACGGUAAUAUCUCCAUCCAACAAGUAUUGAAUUGGUACGAAUUGAAUUGGCUCACUUGUGCGAAGACGAAGAUAACAACAUUCAUAUACACUAUAACAAAGACGAACAAAAAGCCAGACACCGGGCAAGCCAAAUACAAAACUCUAGAGCAAAAAUAUAUCAGCAAUUAAGUGCAAUAGAAAAAUGUUUACUAAACAACCCACUAUGGAUAUGGAUAUUGAAUUCGACAUUAAGCUACUGGCAACAGAAUACUAUGAAGGAACGAUACGAACCACUUACAAUUCAACACGGCACAAAUCAACAGUAUUAGAGGACGAUCCAGAUGCUUUGACACUCUUAUCAGUCGUAUCAAUCGGCGUGUUUUUGUCUCUUUUAAUAUUUUUAUCCAUAGCUGGAAAUAUUUUAGUAUGCUUAGCUAUAUACACAGAACGAAGUUUACGUCGAAUUGGAAAUUUAUUUUUAGCAUCGUUAGCCAUUGCGGAUUUAUUUGUGGCGUCGCUUGUGAUGACUUUCGCUGGAGUAAAUGAUAUAUUAGGCUAUUGGGUAUUCGGCGCACAAUUUUGCGACACUUGGGUUGCGUUCGACGUGAUGUGUUCAACGGCUUCGAUCCUAAAUCUAUGCGCUAUUUCAUUGGAUCGAUAUAUUCAUAUUAAAGACCCGUUAAGGUAUGGGAGAUGGGUCACGCGACGCAUAGCUGUUUUAUCAAUUGUGACAAUUUGGUUAUUAGCUGCACUAGUAUCAUUCGUACCGAUCUCAUUUGGUUUGCACAGGCCCGACUUACCGUUAGUGUAUGAAGACAACGGUCGCAAGUAUCCCACAUGUGCUUUAGAUUUAACACCGAUGUACGCUGUUGUGUCAAGUUGUAUUAGCUUCUACGUGCCAUGCAUCGUUAUGAUUGGCAUCUACUGCAGAUUGUAUUGCUAUGCCCAGAAACAUGUGAAAUCGAUACGGGCUGUAACGCGGCCAGGCGUCAGUGGCGAAGUCGUUGAAAAGCAACCAAAUCGAUAUCGAAGUAUUCGUCGAAAACCGAAAAAGAAAUUUAAAGUACGACAUUUACAUCAUUCAUCACCAUAUCACGUAUCAGAUCACAAGGCAGCCAUCACGGUCGGCGUAAUAAUGGGCGUUUUUCUCAUCUGUUGGGUACCAUUCUUCUGUGUAAAUAUUGUUGCCGCAUUCUGUAAAACAUGCAUUGGUGGCCAAACAUUUAAAAUUCUAAGUUGGCUAGGUUAUUCAAACUCAGCAUUCAAUCCAAUCAUUUAUUCCAUUUUUAAUACGGAAUUUCGUGAAGCAUUCAAACGAAUUUUAACGACGAAAAAUUCAUGGUGUUGCGCUCAAGAUUUGGGCAAUGUGCAUCCACGCAACAGUGAUCGUUAUGUUACCGAUUACGCAGCAAAAAAUGUCAUCCAUUCAAGAUCAUCGGCUGAUAUUGAACAAGUGUCUGCGAUUUGACCGCACAACGACCAUAAUGGAUAAAUUAGGGUAAACCAAAAUGAAUAACAUUUAUAAAUGGGCACAUGAACACAAUUUAUAAACGUUUAACAAUGCAAAGCACACAAACAUGAGGCACCAAACCCAUUAAAUGGAACAUGUUUUUAUAGAUUGUGUUUUGAUGUGCGUAAAUCUGUAAAUUACCACAUCCAUAAACAUUGGAAUGUGAAAUGAAACUGAAUUUAUUUGUUUAGGUUAAUCGAAUGAAAAUAAGAAAAUUAUCUGAACAGAAUACAGACAACCAAACAAAUCGAUGGUUAUAGAAAUAUUUUCGCGAAAUAUUCUUGAACAACAAAAGAAAGAAUAAAUUAUGAAUGAAAAAAACAGUGUAUUAUUGUUAGGGAUAUUUCUUUAGUGUAUAUUUGUUUGAUAUGUGACAAACUAAAUAUUUAGCGUAUAUAAUUCGGAAAUGCAUCAAAUUCCACCCCAUUCACACUAUCACACAUCUACAUACACUGUUACUCUUAUUUGAAUAUAAAACUGGAUACAGUCAGUUUACUCUCCAAUCAGAUAUGGCACACAAUAGUUUUAUUCUCUAUUAGGAAAUUAAUCUCUCACACACACGCAUUCCAUGUUAUAAAAUCAUCUUUAUAUUCUCCAGAUAGAUGUCGAAUAUUCAUGAAAAACUGCACUUUUCAGAAGAAAAUCGAAAUCCAAUGUUGUUUUUAAAUUCACGGCCAAUCGUGUGUUUGUUAUCAUAUAGUUCUUUUCUUCAUCUAAUUAAAUAAUAUGAAUUCGAUAAUUGUGUAUAGGUAAAAUGUAAUGGAUUUAUUGUUUUUCAGCGUAUCUGUUAAGUUAGUAAGUGUGUAUAAAUACUGUGAAGUGUGCAAUACAAGAGUCGAGUGGCUGUUGAAUGAAUUUAGAAGUGAAAUUAGUGUUGAAUCAAUCUCAAGAGUAUAUAUGUCUGUGAGUGAGAAAUUGUACAAAUUGAAAAUAUACUUAUUGGAAAGUCAAGUAAACCGCACACUUUAGUGGUGUUCACACAGGACGUGUUCUCUCUGUUUCACUUAUUUCAAACAAUCGAACUACGGCAUCACUUCUCUGGGCAUACAACUGAAAUUUGAUUAGUGCGAUGUCGAUAAGUGCAGUAAAUUAUGCUCAAUAAGGUACCUUUCACUUCGUAUAAAAUGCAAACUAGCUUUUCGGCAUGUGAAAAAAGAAAGAACUACUUUUUGCUCAUGACAUUUGAUUGAUUUGCCGUGAUGGAAAAAAAUCACUUCUCACUUUGAACACUUUUAGCACUCUCUGGCUAACAGCUUCACACCCAAUCGAUAAAAUGAACUCUGUACAAUUCAUGAAUAUGUAUAGCGAGAAAAUUCGCACAAAACCGCAAAAACGCUAUGCUCGAUAGUUUUAUCACCGUUUUACCUUGACUUGGCUUAGAUGGGGAGACGGGACAGGACCCUUUUCUGAGUAAUUACUUUUGAAAGUUUUAUUGGCUUCCAGAGAUAGAGAUAGUAAAAAACCCACAUUUCCAUUCAACAUGCUCCAAAUGUGAAGUGAAAAUAAGAAGAAAAAGAGUAAAAGUAAUUUCGCCCCCGAUUGUAUACUCUAUAACUACGUAGAUUCAAGUUUUCGAAGCCAACCCACACGAUUUACAAAUUGUACAUAUACCAUAUAUUUAUUGCAUGUGUGUGUAUGGGGGAGGGGGCGGAGGGCUGAAAUACAACCAAAAACAUAUUUACAAACAUAUGAACUAUAUACAAACUAACUAUAUCAAAUGGAUCCAGCAUACAGGUUUAGCAAACAUACACUGAAACAAAAACGAAAACUAGAAAGAACAAAAAAAAGAUUAACAUACACACAAAAAAAUUAAUUAAUUUAAAUCAAAAUAAAUGAAAUACCUCCAAAGUUGUCUAUUGAUUGAUGAGCACACAUCACAAACUGCGCGCAUCAAUAAACGUCCUCUUUUUCCCACAAUCCAAUCAACCAAACUCCAACUUCCAACGUAUAAAUACUUUCGACAAAAAAUAUGAUAUUAUUUUACGAAAUACAUUAUUUAAAUUAAAAAUGAAUAUGUGUAAGCAUUGUAAGAGAAAGCAUUAAAAAUUUAUGUAAAAUAAACACAAAAUCUCAUUAAUGUAUGAAAAUUACAAAAAAUAUUUGAGCAUUUUUGCGGCAACAUCACAUUUCACACACAGAGAAACGUGUGUACGCGAUGCAUUUAUGUUCAAGCAAUCAGAGCUGGAAAAUGAAGAAUUUAUGGAUAAAAUUACUAUAACAUGUAAAAAAUGCAUUCUUUAAAAUGAAUACUAGAAAACUGUUUUUGAUGAACAAAUACGUAAUAUAUGAUGAUUGUUGACUCCUUGAUUCAUUUCUUUACUCUUAUUAUUUUGUGAUAGUGGAUAUAGAAUUCGUUUGAAUUUAAAGAGAAAAAAACCAAAACUUCUGUGAGAAAUACGCCACUGUUUAAGUUUUACUUGAAAAUCCUUUAAUAACUCUAAGAUAGAUAUUAUUAAAAAAAAACGUAAAUGUACUUCUUAUGACGUAUUCAAAUACAAAGAGAUAGAAAGAUACGAACAAAGUUGGCAUGUUGGCAAAUGACAGUGAAUCGUCUUUGUGCCCGUAUAUUGUGAAAGAUAAAGUGCAAUGAAUAAAGUUUUGAAAUUUUUUGAAUAUUUUAAGACGGAAAUCAUGUUCAUCGGAAGAUGAAAUACGAAGAAUCAAAAGCAAUUCACAUACAAAACACGAAAAUUCACUUUUACUUUUUAUAAGGGGGAGGGAUUCAAAGUGUAGUUUAUAUAUCGACAUUAAAAUCUCUCAUUCUUUUUUUUCUGCCAAAAAUUCAAAUUAAAAUUUAUUACACAGCAAACAUGCACAUGGAAAAGUUUGUGUUUUUUUCUGUGCGUCUAUCUCUCUCUAGACCAGAAGAAUGGCCCCACGGGCUAUAGAAGAGUUUGCAAAUAAAAUGCAAAGCAUUCAAAGUUUUCUCGAAAAAUUAUUCAAUCAUAAAUGCGAUAAUGAACGUUGAAUACACAAAAUCGAAUAUAAAAUGAACUUGAAUUCACAGAUAAUACUACAUAUACAUUUUCAUUUUCAUUUUAUUAAUAAAUCUGGGGAAAUGAAUGAGAAUUUAUACGAAUUUCCAGAUUUUUGUGUUUUGUAUUUUUUUUAUCAGGCAGUCAAUUUUACAGGGUUUCAAUCGUUGUGUGUGCGGUGCGGGCUACACUUUACAUAAUACAGUCAUAAUCUAAAUUUUAUACGUUUUAAACGAGUUUUAUGAAUGAGUUUGAACUCGACGACGGUUCAUCGUUCGCAAAAAAAAAGGAUUCUCCCGAUGGAAUCAGAGAUAAAGCAUUUUAUGUUUUACUAAAUUUAAAAUGAUCAUAGCAUAAAAAAAAUAAUCGACAUCAAUUAUCAUCAUUCUUUUGAAAGUGAUUUUAUGCAUCCAGAUUUGUUGUUUUUUUAUCGCAUUUUAUCGUUGUUUUAUUUUAUUAUCAGUAUAAUGGGCAACAACACGUUAUAGCACAACUAAAAUAAGAGAAAGAAAUCAAAGUCUUCGCAUAUAUGCAUAACAUUAUGGUGGAAUUGGGCCCCCCGAUAAUCUCUUUCCGCUUCGUUCACUUAAAAAAAAGAAAACAUAGAACGAUUGAGAGAGCCAGUUACAUCAAAUUAAACGAAUAUCAAUUUUACAUAUAUUCUAAUUUUUACACGAAGCCACUUACUCACUCUCUUUUCUCUUGUUGUUAACUCGGGAAAUCGCAUUUGGAUAAUUUCUUUUUUAGGUCAGUAUUGAUUAAUUUUAUUAGGCGGUAAAAAUAAACGCAUUUGCGCAUUGAUUUCAGCAUACACAACAACCCUUUUAGCUGACAAAACUUCGUUACAUCGCAUUUUCACACACAUUCUCUCUCUCUCCUCUCUCUCUAUCUUUCUUUCUUUCUCUUUGUGAAUGAAGCAAAUUCUCAUCAUAGUAGCAUCUAAUACAUCAUCAUCAUCACCAUAAGCAAAUGAGUAAACAAUUACCCUUUUUUUUCGUCAAAAACUCAAUCGCCCUGAAAAGAAAAACAUGAAAUGAGAAAUCUCAUCUCUUAUAUCAUGACACUCACACAGCACACACACACACACACACAACCGAAUCAACCACAUACAGGAAAAUAUACAUAUUCAAUGAUUCAAAACCAAUUUCGAUGAAGAAGCUAUCUAAGAAAAAUAAGAAGUAUUAGAUGCGAGAUAUCGUUGGCAUGAUUAUAGAUAGAAGAGAAUCUCAUUAAACUGAAUAGAAAAAAAAUGAGCAAGAACAGGUCCGUUCGUAAGAAUAAAAACAAAUGAAAUCAGUAAUAUAUUUGUAUAUUAAAUUAUAACUAGAUUAGAUGAUGUGAAAGUAAAAGAGCUAACAUUUAGAUAGACACACUAUCUUGUUCCACUCAUGGUUCUGCAUCUUGAGUUCGCUAUAGGUAUUGUUCAUAUGUUUACGAUCAAUGUGAUUAAUUUGUUUGAAUAACUUCGAGAGUGGGGGAUCUCCAUUGACAAAUGAAACGAAAUGACUUGACUGUCGAAUUGGGCGGUAAAAUAAGUUGAACUGCCUGCGGUCGCAAGCAUUGAACUCAAUAAGAAAAGUUUUCUAUUUAUCAAUAGGCAUAUUCCAACUGAAUCAUAAAUAUGUUCAUGUCAAGUUAACCUUUAUUUGGUAUAAUAAUGGAGACUCCACUCUGAAACCCUUACAUACAACAAAUCAACUCUCAAAAGAAACCAAAACCAUUUUUUCAAUAACGUAUCAAAUAAUCUAAAAUUCGAUGUUUUUAAAUGUGCAAACAAAAACGGCGGCCAAUUUAUGAUUUUGGCGGUAAGUAUACGGUUAAUAACAAAAAAAAAACUAUGAAAUAAAAUAGAAAUGAAACAUAUGAGGAUUUAAAAUCAUAUAUGAAGCGAAACAUAUGUGGAAAAUGAAGCGAAUAAAAUAUUGAAUAUUUGAAUUUAAACUAAUACAGUCUAUAAAACAAGGGAUUCAAAACAUCCAACACAAAGAGAACAAAGAAAGAAAAAAA